CCCUGCAGCUGCCGCCGCCGGAGAUGUUUGGGGAUUACGUCAGCCUGGCGGGCAGGGGCCGCGGGGACAGCGCGGGAGGCGGGCUCCCGCAGGCCUCCCGCCGCCAGGGCCUCUGGACAAUGCUGCCAUUGUCGGUGACGGAGUGCUUAGCUCCCCAUGAAUGGUACACGGGCCUCUUGACCAAGGAGGCCGCCUAUAGCCCCAACUGUCCCCUCACAGGCGGGGAGGCCCAGUGCGGUGGGAAGGGCUGGCUGUGGACUGCACGGGUCUGUCCCUCAGAAGGGGCCACCGGCGGCAGGCAGGCAGGGCUCAGAUCAGGCCCCAGUGAGGCUGCUGCUGCUGCUCUACCCUGUGUAGUGGGCUCCCUCCUCAGCAUGGCCUCCUGGCUGGAGGACACUGCUGGCCCUGACCCACUCAUGAUGCUCCUGGUUGUCAUCCUCCUGGUACGCUUCAUCCUGUGGUCCUGUCUGGGGACCUAUAUGGACUACAGGCUGGCCCGGCCUCAGCCUGGCAAACCCAAGGAGGAGUAAGCCAAGGGGCACAGUGGAGACCCAACCUAGAAGGGUGUGUGCUGUGGCUCUGUCAUCCUUCUGUGGGUGGGCAGGAGGCAGUGACACCCACCUGUCAUCAAGUGUCACAGACACCUUCCCGCGAGAUACUGUUACUCUCCCUUGCCAUAC